GAAAGAGGCGGAGCCUGCGAGGAGAGUAGGCAGGUGAUUGCCGGCUGCAGCCUGGAGCUUCCGGACCCUGGGAAGGGUACCGCCGCAUCAGGGGUUGAAGAACUGCCCUAUCCAGAUCAUGGACCCUGAGGUGUCCCUGCUGCUGCAAUGCCCCCCGGGGGGGCUGCCUGAGGAGCAGGUACGGGCUGAGCUGAGCCCUGCCUACGACCGUCGCCCACUGCCAGGAGGGGACAAGGCCAUCACCGCAGUCUGGGAGAGCCGGCUUCAGGCCCAGCCCUGGCUCUUUGACGCCCCCAAGUUCCGCCUGCACUCUGCCACCCUGGUGCCCACUGGCUCGCCGGGGCCACAGCUGCACCUGUGCCUGGGCCUUACUUCCUAUCGAGACUUCCUGGGCACCAACUGGGCCAGCUCAGCUGCCUGGCUGCGACAGCAGGGGGCCACCGACUGGGGUGACAAGCAAGCCUACCUGGCGGACCCCUUAGGGGUGGGCGCUGCACUGGCCACUGCUGACGACUUCCUUGUCUUCCUGCGCCGCUCUGGGCAGGUGGCUGAGGCACCUGGGCUAGUGGACGUGCCCGGUGGGCACCCUGAGCCUCAGGCCCUGUGCCCAGGUGGCAGACCCCUGCACAUCAACCUCCCUGGGGAGCUGGUGGUGCAUGAGCUCUUCUCCAGUGUCCUUCAGGAGAUCUGUGAUGAGGUGAACCUGCCGCUGCUCACCCUGAGCCAGCCGCUGCUGUUGGGCAUUGCCUGCAAUGAGACCAGUGCCGGCCGUGCCAGUGCUGAGUUCUACGUCCAGUGCAGCCUGACUUCUGAGCAGGUGAGGAAGCACUACACGAGUGGGGGACCUGAGGCCCACGAAUCCACAGGAAUCAUCUUUGUGGAGACACAGGUUUGAGGUGGCAAAAGUGUGAGGAGGUUGCAGGAGACUGAAAUGUGGGCCGAGCUCUGCCCCUCAGCCAAAGGCGCCAUCUUCCUCUACAACGAAUUCCAGGAAAGUUCCACCUAAGUCGCCCUAGAGUCCCCAGCCCUAUCACCACAGCUCGGAAGACAAUAAAGGACUCUAUUCUUGGA